UUGAUCUCCAAAGCGGCAGAUAUUUGGUAACCCUAGUAGCCUGAAUAUUUCACAGGUCUCUUAUCCCACUGCUGUCUUUUCAGCAAGAUGCUCCAUGUGAUUAAGCAAACAAACAAUUGUUUCACAUUGCUUUUAGGAUGACAGUCACCUUGAUUAGAGCCUCACUCAGUACUACAUAAACAGUCUGAGUGCAAACAGACGUCAUUUGAAGAGCUGCUAUAUAAGGAUGUAGCCUUUUGUUCUUUAGAGCGAAGGGUGACUUCUGUAAAUUAACUAUAUAGUGGUUUUGUUGUUGUUUUUUUAAUAUAAAAAUGGUCUUCUAAGAACAAUGGACUAUCUUCAACUUACCUUUCACCCUGCGGGUCUUUACCAGCUAGCUGCUUUUCCAUGGGCUUUUCUAUAUGGAUAUCUUUCUUCCUUUGGUCAUUUGCCUAUCAUACCAAGAUUUAUUUAUCUCCUAUUUGGUGGAAUUGUUUUAUCGUGUGUUUCCAUGGGACCAUAUUCAGUAAUCAUCUUUAUCCCAGUCCUGGCUUCCAUUGUGUUGUUUCACAUAAUCAGUUGGCAGUCUAUUCAUUGGUGGGCACUCGCACUGCAAAUGGCCUGGCAAACUGCUUGCCAUCUCUGGCUACUGUAUAAAGAAUAUUACUUGCAAGAAGAAAUCACUUUAAGGUUGUUUGUAAUGAUUUCAGCCCUCAUGCUAUUAACCCAGAAGAUUACAACUCUAGCUAUGGAUAUUGAUGAAAGAAAAGUGAAAAUAAUACCAGUUGAUGGUGGAAUGAAAAACUGGUUCUUCUCUGGAAGUGCACAACAAAUAUUAAUGUUUCUCUCUUACUUGCUCUUCUUUCCUGCACUGCUGGGAGGUCCUCUGUGCUCCUUUGUAGAAUUUCAUAAUCAAGUCAGUGAAUCUCAUAGGCGUAACUACCCGUGCUUCAAGCAGGUAACCAAAGGCUGCUUGUUCGCUUUAAUCUUGCAAACACUGAGAAUAUUGGUUUCUAUCAAUAUUAGCUCUCAGAUGUCUCUAUUGAGCUGUAGGCACUUAAAUUGUGUAUAUACUAUGUGGACCACAGCACUGCUAUUUAAACUGAGCUAUUACUCCCAUUGGUUACUUGAUGAGUCCCUCUUCCGUGCUGCAGGAUUUCUGAAAGAAAAUCAAGUAGAUGGCUUUCAAGCAACAUUCUACGAUGCUGAUAUUUGGACCCUGGAAACAACUCAUAAAAUUUCAGUUUUUACCAGGACAUGGAACAAAAGCACAGCAAACUGGCUGAGAAGACUUAUUUUUGAAAAAUGCAAAGUUGGAUCUUUACUAAUAACCUUUGCCUUUUCCGCUUGGUGGCAUGGACUCUACCCCGGUCACGUAUUUGGCUUUUUGUGCUGGGCUCUUCUAGUGAAGGCUGAUUAUAGGAUACAUAAGUAUUUUAAUCCCUGUCAGCAAUCCUGGUGCAGAAGGCUGCUUUACAGGAUAUUCACUUGGCUUCAAACCCAGUUAAUAGUAGCAUUUCUUAUAAUGGCUAUUGAAAUGAGGGGUUUCAAAAUGAUAUGGUUAUUAUGCUCAUCCUACAACUGCUUCUUUCCCAUUUUAUACUGCCUCUCACUAAUAUCCUUCAUUAAAAGAAAAACAUAAUUUUAUUCAGAUUGUAUUAGUUAACCACUGUACCUUCAUUUUUUAGAAGUAAA